GGGCUGGUGGGGCGCAUGCGCGCAGCUUGGUGCAAGGGCCGCCAGGAGCGGGGCAUGGGGAGGAACAGGCAGGUGGGCGCAUGCGCGGGAGGGCCGACUAAUGCACGCGCCGGCGCUUGCGCGAGGUGGACUGGUGCGCGUGCGCACCUGCGGGUUCGCUGUUUGGCGGGCCGGCGCCGCGGGCCGGGGCCGGGGCUGAGGCGGGGUGGGUGGGGGGCCGGCCAUGGGGCGGAGGCCGGCCGCGGCGCCGGGGGCAGGCUAGCGACGGCGAGCGGCGGCGGGGCGGUGGGGCCAGCGGGCUCGGCUCGACGAGGUCCCGGCCCUGCAGGCGUCCGCGGCAGCGAAGGGCAUCCGUGUCUUCCUGACCAACGUCGUCACUCACCAACGGUGGACAUGGAGCAAGACAGAGUCAGCGUGAGUCAGGGGUUGGGCACAGACUCAGCCUCGUACCACUGCUCCGCGUGUCAUGGCGACGAGGACUGGGGGCCCAGCCACCCCUUCCGGGGGCGGGCCAAGUCCCGCAGCCUGUCUGCCUCCCCCGCCACAGCGAGCACCAAGGAGUUCAGGAGGACCCGCUCUCUGCACGGGCCGUGCCCGGUGACCACUUUUGGACCAAAGGCCUGCGUGCUGCAGAACCCCCAGACUGUCAUGCACAUCCAGGACCCUGCCAGCCAGCGGUUGACGUGGAACAAGCCCCCGAAGAGUGUCCUUGUUAUCAAGAAGAUCCGGGACAGCAGCCUGCUGAAGCCCUUCAAGGAGCUCUGUGUGUACCUGUCGGAGGAGAACAAUAUGAUCGUGUAUGUGGAAAAGAAAGUUCUGGAAGACCCCGCCAUUGUGCAUGAUGACAGCUUCGGGCCCGUGAAGAAGAAGUUCUGCACCUUCAGAGAAGAUUACGAUGACAUCUCCAAUCAGAUCGAUUUCAUCAUCUGUCUGGGAGGAGACGGGACCCUGCUCUACGCCUCCUCACUCUUCCAGGGCAGCGUGCCUCCGGUCAUGGCGUUCCACCUGGGCUCCCUGGGCUUCCUGACCCCCUUCAACUUUGAGAACUUUCAGUCCCAGGUCACUCAGGUGAUAGAGGGGAACGCCGCUGUUGCUCUCCGGAGCCGGCUGAAGGUCAGGGUUGUGAAGGAGCUCAGAGGGAAGGCGGUCGUCCCUAACGGGGUCAACGGGAACGGGGUGCUGGCUGCCGACAUGGGCCCGGAGGUCGGGAAGCAGGUCGUGCAGUACCAGGUCCUGAAUGAGGUGGUGAUCGACAGAGGCCCCUCCUCAUACCUGUCCAACGUGGACGUCUACCUGGACGGGCACCUCAUCACCACAGUGCAGGGUGACGGGGUCAUCGUCUCCACCCCGACGGGCAGCACUGCCUAUGCGGCCGCGGCCGGGGCCUCCAUGGUCCACCCCAACGUGCCGGCUGUCAUGAUCACACCCAUCUGCCCCCACUCGCUGUCAUUCCGGCCCAUCGUGGUCCCUGCAGGGGUCGAGCUGAAGAUCAUGCUGUCACCAGAAGCAAGGAACACUGUGUGGGUGUCCUUUGAUGGACGGAAGAGACAAGAGAUCCGCCAUGGAGACAGCAUCAGCAUCACUACCUCUUGCUAUCCGCUCCCCUCCAUCUGCGUCCGGGACCCUGUGAGCGACUGGUUCGAGAGCCUGGCCCAGUGUCUGCACUGGAAUGUGCGCAAGAGGCAGGCCCACUUCCCGGAGGAGGAGGAGGACGAGGAGGGGGCGGCGCCCGGCGAGGGCUAGCCUGCGCACCGGAGCCACCUGCCCCUGCGCCUUCUCUGCCCACUUCUCACUCGCCGUCGGGGGCCAGGCCAGCCUGAGCCCGUGCGUGAAGGCUCGCAUGCCUGUGCGCCACUCACGCCACGGCACUUCCUCUGCAGCCAGAGAGCCGGGAAUCUGUCUCUUGUGCACCAGAUCCGCCGUUUUUAACAUUUUAAGUCUGACUUCUUUUUUGCAUUUCUGAAUGAGAAGAGUGAGUGGUGCCCAGAGAGGGGCUCUGAAGUCAACACCGCGCGCGGCCGCCGGAGCCCGUUCCCGGGGCCUGGGACGCCGAGUGGGGGCACUCCUUGUGAUUCCUUGGGAAACUUUUCCAUAAAUCAGCCUGUUGAAAUUCAGAGGGGAUCAAAAUGGAUCAAUCUAGUCUUGGGUAUUGAAAAUAAAUGUCUCAGCCAAAAAUCUU